AUGCGUCCAGUCACUCUUGGAACUAUUCAAUUUAGUGAUAUUCCACUUGAAACAAUUGCAUCAAAAGCUCAUCAAUGGGGUUAUGAUGGUCUUGAACUUGGUGGUCAACUCGAUAUACACAAGGCUUCGAUCGAUCUGAAUUAUUGUGAACAGAUUCGAUCUAUCUUGAAGGCAAACAAUCUACAACUACAUGCAUUCUCAGCACAUUUAGUUGGUCAAGCCGUAUGCGAUCAUAUCGACGAACGACGACAUCGGCCUAUUCUACCGGCACAUGUAUGGGGUGAUGGUCAACCUGAAGGUGUAAAAGAACGAGCUGCUAAGGAAGUUAUUGCUGCUGCGCAUGCCGCCAAAAAUUUAGGCAUUAAAAUUGUCACUGGUUUUACUGGAUCAAGUAUUUGGCAUCUACUCUACGGUUUUCCGCCUAUUAAAGAUGAACAAAUCAAUGAAGGCUAUCAAGAUUUUGCACAACGAUGGAUACCUAUUCUUGAUGAAUAUGAAAAAUGUGGAGUAAAAUUUGCACUUGAACCUCAUCCCAGUGAAAUUGCUUUCGAUAUUGUAAGUGCAGAACGAACACUUGCUGCAAUCAAUAAUCAUUCAUCGUUUGGCUUUAACUUUGAUCCAUCACAUUUGGCUUAUCAAGGUGUAGAUUAUAUUGGCUUUUUACGUCGAUUUAAAUCACGCAUCUUUCAUGUUCAUAUGAAAGAUGUGGGUUUCGAUUGGAAUCGUCCAUGUGAAGCUGGUGUCUUUGGUGGUCAUACAAAAUUUGGUGAUCCACGACGAUUUUUUAAUUUUCGUUCAUUAGGUCGAGGCAAUAUCGAUUUCGAAAGUAUUAUUCGUACACUUAACGAAAUCGAUUAUCAUGGUCCAUUAUCUGUUGAAUGGGAAGAUAACGGUAUGGAUCGAGAGUGGGGUGCUCAAGAAGCACUUAAUUUCGUGCGUCGACUUGAUUUUAAACGAGGCGAUCAAGAAUUCGAUGUAGUGUUCGGUCAAAACUAA